GAGAAUGGACAGCACGUAGGAGCGAGACUCCGAGUGAGAAUUUCAUCAGCAGCGGUGCCCGCCCCUCGAUUCAGCGACGAUCGUAGUGAACAUGGACACACCGUGGCCCCGCACCCCGAGACAGUAGCAGUUUCUUUCCAUCUCUCUGAGACCCACGAUCCGUACCCUGGCCCGGGGGAGUUUUCUGCUAAUUAACGAAGGAGAUGAAGAAGUAUCUCAUACAGUUGGAAACGUGCUUUGUGUCUGAAAUGAAGGUUUCUGUUGAACCAGGGUGCUGAGAACACGGCAGCAUUUGUUCAGUUCUUCCACUACGUCGAUUCUGUGCGAGUUCCAUUGCAUUUGACAUCUGAUCUGCUGGCAUAUCAGUGAGUUCACAGUAUGUAGCGGCCAUUCACCUGCUCUGAGUGUCAAUUCACGCUGAGAAGAGACACUUCACCUGCUCAGAUUGUGAGAAGAAAUUCACCUCAGUGAUCUGAUCUUUGCACAGCAGUUAAUUUGCACUUGGAAGAUGCUGUUCACCUGCUCAGACUGUGGGAAGGGAUUUACUCAGUCAUCUCAAUUGAAGAUACAUCAGCGUGUUCACACCGGUGAGAGACCAUUCAUCUGCUCAGACUGUGGGAAGGGAUUCACUCUGUCUUCUAACCUAUUGGCACACCAGUUAAUUCACACUGGGGAGAGGCCAUUCACCUGUUCAGAUUGUGGGAAGGGAUUCACUCAGUCAUCCCACCUACAGACACACCAGCGAAUUCACACUGGGGAUAGGCCAUUCAUCUGCUCAGACUGUGGGAAGGGAUUCAGUCGGUCAUCUGACCUAUUGGCACACCAGUUAAUUCACACAGGAGAGAGGCCAUUCACCUGCUCGGAUUGUGGGAAGGGAUUCACUCAGUCAUCCCACCUAAAGGCACACCUGCGAGUUCACACUGGAGAGAGGCCUUUCACCUGCUCAAACUGUGGGAAGGGCUUCACUCACUCAUCCCACCUACAGACACACCAGUCAGUUCACACUGGGAAAAGACCAUUCACCUGCUCAGACUGUGGGAAGGGAUUCACUCGGUCUGCUCAACUGAAGAUACAUCAGCGAGUUCACACUGGGGAGAGACCGUUCACCUGUUCUGCAUGUGGAAAGGGAUUUACUCAGUCAUCUCAACUGAAGAUUCAUCAGCGAGUUCACACAGGGGAGAGGCCAUUCAUCUGCUCAGAAUGUGGGAAGGGAUUCACUCUGUCAUCUCAACUAAAGGUACAUCAGCGAGUUCACACUGGGGAGAGGCCAUUCACCUGCUCAGAAUGUGGGAAGGGGUUUACUCUGUCAUUUCAACUGAAGGUUCAUCAGCGAGUUCACACUGGGGAGAGGCCGUUCACCUGCUCUGACUGUGGGAGAGGUUUCACUCACUCAUCUCAACUGAAGAUACAUCAGCGAGUUCACACUGGGGAGAGGCCGUUCACCUGUUCAGACUGUGGGAAGGGGUUUACUCGGUCAUCUCAACUGAAAGAACAUCAGCGAGUUCACACUGGGGAGAGGCCAUUCACCUGCUCAGACUGUGGGAAGGGAUUCACUCAGUCAUCCCAACUGAAUGUGCACCAGCGAGUUCACACUGGGGAGAGGCCAUUUACUUGCUCAGACUGUGGGAAGGGAUUCACUCAGUCAUCCCACCUACGAACACACCAAUCACUUCACACUGGGGAGAGACCGUUCAGUUGCUCAGACUGUGAGAAGCGAUUCACUCGGUCCUCUGACCUACUGGCACACCAGUCAGUUCAUUCUGGGGAGAUGCCAUACACCUGUUCAGACUGUGGGAAGGGUUUCACUCAGUCAUCCAGCCUACAGAGACACCUGUCAUUUCACACUGGGGAAAAUCCCUUCACCUGUUCAGACUGUGGGAAAGGAUUCACUCAGUUAUCUCAGCUAAAGGAUCAUCAGCGAAUUCACACUGGGGAGAGACCAUUCACCUGCUCAGACUGUGGGAAGGGAUUUCCUCGAUCAUCUCAACUGAAGGUACAUCAGCGAAUUCACACUGGGGAGAGGCCGUUCACCUGCUCAGAAUGUGGGAAGGGGUUCACUCAAUCAUCCCAUCUGCAGACACACCAGCGAUUUCACACCGGCUUGAGGCUGUUCAGCUGCUCAGACUGUGGGAAGGAAUUCACACUCUCAUCUCAACUGAAGGUACAUCAGCGAGUUCACACUGGGGAGAGACCAUUCACCUGCUCAGACUGUGGUAAAGGAUUUACUCACUCAUCCCACUUAAAGACACACCAACGGGUACACACAGGGGAGAGGCCGUUCAUCUGUUCCACGUGUGGGAAGGGAUUCACUCAGUCAUCCCACCUAAAGACACACCAGCGAGUUCACACUGGUGAGGGGCCAUUCACCUACUGAGACAGUGGAAAGGGAUUCACUCAAUCAUCUGAACUGAAGGUACAUUCAUGAAUUCACACUGAGAGGCUGCACCCCUGUCCUAUGUGAGCAAAGAGGCUGACAUGGUCAUCCCACCAGAUGACAAACCACUAAGUUCACAUGGGGAGGCGGUUUAAAAGAACUCUAUAUUGAAUUUUUAACCACCACAUUUGCUAAAUCCAGUUGCAAUUUCAAGAGUGACUAAUGGUGUCAGAUCCUGUAGUUACUGCUGCUGUUCAUCACACCUGGAACUGAACCCUGGUCAUUGGGCACGGGAGUGUCAUGAUCUCGGAUCAUUAGUAGAGUAUUCAUGGGGGCUCUGAGUUUUUGCUGCUCGGGGUUCUUUUAUUGUAUUAUCUGCAUUUUAUUAAUUAUAGUUAUCCCUGUUGUUGCUCUUCACCUUUUUUAUGUCUUAUUGUUAGGUCUUCUGUCAGUUUACAUUUAAGUUGCAAUUGUCCUUGAGUACUUCCAAUUAAUUCUCCAAGACUUUGCAGGUGUCCAAUUAAGUAGUCUUUGACUCCUCUCUUGUUAAAAUAUAGUAGCAUGUUAGCUUGUCAUUAGUCUGUAGCUUUAUGAGCUGGGUACAGAUUUUCUUCUUGCGUGGAGUGUAUGUAAAGGGGUAGUGCUAACCCCUCGUUGGCUCAGUCAACCUGAUCCUUUCCUAAUGAAGUUCUGGCUGAGUUAUCCAUGAACUGGUCUGUAAAUAAAAUUCUGAGCUUUGCUGAACCUUUCAGAGUCUCUGUAAUGAUCUUCAGUUUGGGUCUGAAGUUGCAGCGUCAAGAAGGCUUGUUCUGAUGACAUAGGCCUUUAAUUGGACCUAAAUAUUGUGGAAGGGAUCCAUCAUAAAUAACUCGGUUAUAUUUUACAUCUUGUCUCUCAAGUCCUUACUGACUGCAGCCAGCUCAGUGUACAGUAUAGAGGCCAAUCUGCCCUUCUGGUUCCUGCCAGUGUUCCUGUUCCGUCUCCUCCUAUCACCUGGUAGCAACGUUCUUUUUCUCCAUCGCCCAUGUGGUGAUGGGUUCUGAAUGGUCACCACUCUGGGUGAAGAAGUGUCGACACCGAUCAACUGGUCUCGGACAAUCUGCACUCAUUCUUUCUCAAACUUUAUUACUUGUGAAAAAAGGCAACUGUCCAGCUACUGUCACUGGACUGCUCUGAAACUCCUGCUCAGAAUUGUCAACUUUAUAUGGACAUAGAGCAACUGAAAUCACCUGCAGCUUCUGAUCCUUUACUUGGAUUCACAGAGCUCUUAUCAUGAUAAUAGUCUGACAGAUCGAGGUAGCCAACAGAACUGUAUGCAUUUUACACACAAUAAAUGAUAGAGGGACUCAAAGUCAGGCAAUAUCAAUGGAGGGAAUAAACCGUUGACCUUUGGGUUGAGACAUUUCAUCACCACUCAACGGAUUCUGGCAUGUUUCCAGUGUUGUUGAAAACUGCAAAUGUCAUUCCACUCUUCAAGAAGGAAGAGAGGCAGUAGAAAGGAAAUUAUAUGGAAAUUGGUACUUGGAGGCACAUGACAAAACAGGCCAUGGACAGCAUGGUUUCUGGAAGGGAAAAUCUUGCCUGACAAAUCUAAUUCUUACAACAUGCUGGAGGAACUCAGCAGGUCAGGCAGCAUCAGUGGAAACGUCGACUCAUCGUUUCCACGGAUGCUGCCGGACCUGCUGAGUUCCUCCAGCGUGUUGUGAGUGUUGCUUUGAUUCCAGCAUCUGCAGAUUAUUUUGUGUUUACGAAAUCUAAUUCUUUGAAGAAAUAACAAGCAGGAUAGGCAAAGGAGAAUCAGAGGAUGUUGUCUACUUGGAUUUUAAGAAGGCCUUUGACAAGGUGCCGCACAUGCGUCUGCUUAACAAGUUAAGAGCCCAUGGUAUUAAAGGAAAGAUACUAGCAUGGAUAGAGCAUUGACUUAUUGCCAGGGAGCAAAGAGUGGGAAUAAAGGGAGCCUUUUCUGGCUGGCUGCCGGUGACUAGAGGUGUUCCACAAGGAUUGGUGUUGGGACCACUUUGUUUUACUUUUUUUUGUCAAUCAUUUUGGAUAACAACUUUGUGGUCAAGUUUGCAGACAAUGUGAAAGCAGGUGGAAGGGCAAGUAGUGUUGAAGCAGGGAGGCUUCAGAAGGACUUAACAGAUUUAGGAGAAUGGGCAAAGAAGUGGCAGAUGGAAUAUGAUGUGGGAUAGUUUAUGGUAAUUCACUUCGAUAGAAGAAAUAAAAGGAUAAAAUAUUUUCUAACUGGAGAGAAAAUUUAAAAAUCUGAGCUGCAAAAGGACUUCGGAGUCCUCAUGCAGGAUUCCCUAAAGGUAAACUUGUAGUGGCAAGAAAGGCAAAUGUGAUGUUGGCGUUCAUUUUGAGAGGACUAGAAUGUACAGGCGAGGAUGUAAUGCUUUAUAAGGCACUGGUGAGGCCUCACUAUGAGUAGGUUUAGACCCCUGAUGUAAGAAAGGACGCACUGACAUUGGAGAAAGUUAAAAGGAGGUUCAUGAAAAUGGUUCCAGGAUUAAAAGGCUUAUCAUAUGAGGAGUGUUUGAUGGCUCUGCACCUGUACUCUACAGAAUUCAGUAGAGUGAGGGGGAACCUCAUUGAAACCUAUUGAAUAUUGAAAGGCCUUGAUAGAGUGGAUGCGGAGAGGAUGUUUCCUAUGCUGGUGGAGUCUAAGACUGGAGGACACAGAGGGACAUCCAUUUAGAAUGGAGAUGAGGAGGAUUUUUUUUAGCCAGAGAGUGGUGAAUCUGUGAAAUUCAGUGCCACAGGUGGCUGUGGAGGCCAAGUCAAUGGGUAGAGGUUGAUAGACUCUUCAUUGGGGAUAGAAGGAGAAGGCAAGAGAUUGGGGCUGAGAGGGAAAUGGGAGAGCCAUGAUGAAAUGUGGAGCUGAUCUGAUGGAACCAAAUGGCCUAUCUCUGCUCCUAUAUCAUGAUCUUAUGGCCUUACCAAAUAUUGGACCCACCUACGUGGAACGCUGUUGCAGGAAAGCAGCAUCCUUCAUCUGGGACCCCACCACCAAGGACAUGCUCUCUCUUCACUACUGCAAUCAAGAAGAAGGUACAGGAACUUCAGUACUCACACCACCAGGUUCAGAAUCAGUUAUUGCCACUCAACCUUCAGGCUCUUGAGCCAAAGGAGAUAAUUUCAUAAGAACUAGGAGCAGGAAUAGGCCAUCUGGCUUGGCGAGCCUGCUCCGCCAUUCAAUAAGAUCAUGGCUGAUUUGGUCAUGAACUCAUGUCCACCUACCUGCCUUUCCCCAUAACACAUAAUUCCACUCCUAUGCAAAAAUCUGUCUCACCUUGUCUUAAAUAUAUUUACUAAGGUAGCCUCCACUGCUUCAUUGGGCAGAGAAUUCCACAGAUUCACCACUCUCUGGGAAAAGCAGUAUCUUCUCUUGGUCUUAAAUCUACUCCCCCAAAUAUUGAAGCUAUGUUCUCCAGUUCUAUUCUCACCUACCAGUGGAAACAACUUUCCUGCCUCUUAUCUAUCCCUUUCAUUAUUUUAUAUGUUUCUAUGAGAUUUCCUCUCAUUCUUCUGAAUUCCAGCAAGUACAGUCCCAGGCAAUCCAAUCUCUCCUCAUAGUCUAACUGUCUCAUCUCUGGAAUCAAACUGGUGAACUUCCUCUGCACUGCCUCCAAAGCCAGUAUAUCCUUCCUCAAGCAAGGAGCCAGAAAUGCAAGUAGGAACUCCAUGUGCAGCCUCACCAGUACCUUGUACAGUUGCAGCAUAGCCUCCCUGCUCUUAAAUUCAAUCCCUCUAGUAAUGAAGGCCACCAUCCCAUUUGCCUUCUUGAUAGCCUGCUGCACCUGCAGAACAACAUUUUGUGAUCGAUGCACACGCACUCCCAAGUCCUUCUGCACAGCAGCAUGCUGCAAUAUUUUACCAUUUAAACAAUAGAUCAUCCAAAGUGGAUGACCUCACAUUUACCAACAUUCUACUCCAUGUGCCAGACCCUUGCCCACUCACUUAACCUAUCUAUAUCUCUCUGCAGACUUCCUGUAUCUUCUGCACAAUUUGCUUUUCCACUCAAUUUAGUGUCAUCAGCAAACUUAGAUACACUACACUUGGCCCCCUCUUGUUGAUCAUUAAUGUAUAUCAUGAACAGUUGCGGCCCCAGCACUGACCCCUGUGGCACACCGCUCAGCACUGAUUGACAACCAGAGUAACACCCAUGUAUCUCAACUCUCUGCUUUCUAUUGGUUAACCAAUCCUCUAUCCAUGCUAAUGCAUCACCCCCAACUCUACGCAUUCUUAUCUUUUAUGUGGCACCUCAUCGAAUGCCUCCUGGAAAUCCAAGUAACUAACAUCUAUCUGUUCCCUUCUAUCCACUGCACUCUAUAUCCUCAAGGAACACCAGUAAGUUUGUCAACAGGACCUGCCUUUGCUGAAUCCAUGCUGCAUCUGCCUGAUGGAUCCAUUCCUUUCCAAAUGCCUUGCUAUUUCUUCCCCCAUCUGCGAAUGUUAAACUAACUGGCCUAUGGUAACCUGCCUUUUGCCUACAUCCUUUUUUGAACAGUGGUGUGACACUUGCCAUCUUCCAAUCCAGCAGGACCUGCUCAGAGUCCAGAGAAUUUUGGUAAAUCAUCACCAACACAUCUACUAAAACUUCUGCCAUUUCUUUCAGUACCCUGGGAUGUAUUCCAUCAGGGCCAGGGGGCUUAUCUAUCUUCAGGCUGUUACAUACCCUGUGGGUAUCUUGUGACUGUCUUAUGAGCAUGAUGCAAUGGUCUUGUGGAGGUCACAUGAUGUAAUUUUCCUGCCAGUGUGAGGUCACAUGAUGACCUGUUCUCAACAGGUAUAUAAAUGGAAACCCUGUUGUGACACAGUUAGUUUUCAGCUGAGUUGUUGUUUGCUUCAUUAGUUACUCCAUUAUGCUGUGUAUUCAUGUAACGGAGUUUUACCUUCUAUUGUAAGCUAAAAUAAUUGUGCCGGCAGUUUCACCAAUCGCUGCCAGCUUUGUUGGUGUAUCUUUGAUUUACCUUUAGAGUAGUAUUGGAGAGUGAAGACCUUAUUAAAGGACGGGAACCUGAAGGAUCAGAAUGAAGUUGGAGUUGUUUGGCGGUUUAAUGAAGGAUCAACCUUAUUAAGUCUUUGUUCAGAAAAGUGACCUGUAUCUGAGAUAAGAGCAGAGAAGUUCGUGCAGUGUUCACUCACCAGAAAAAGGUCAGUUCCUUUAAGCCGUUUUAUUUCCUUCAUCGUGAAUCCUUUGGAGAAUCAGCAGUAACGUCACGUCUUUGAAGAAAUCCGUUUCCAGAGAAGUCUCUCCUUAUUGACUCUGUAAAUCACUUGGACUUUUGAAUUUACCAUUUUAAGACUGGGUUCGAAUUUACCAUUUUAUGAACUGUUUUCGCAUUUACCCUUUUAAGAACUGUUCCAGAGUUGCCAUAUAGCAGUUAACUUCCGGUUAAGCUAGUCGUUUGAAUAUUUUUUCGCUAUUGUUGAGCAGAGUUUAAUAAAUGUUUGUUUGUUU